AAUUAGCCCUGACAUUUAAACCUCCGUCGCGCGGGAAAUGCCGGCAACGUCGAGCGUCGAGCCAGAGGAAGCCAAUCUGCGCAACGCACUGCUUUCUCUACUGUCGUCCCGUAGACUCCAAACCUCGCCGGCGAGGGAGCUGAAGUAUAUCAGGCGAAUUCACGCCGUCAUCAUCACCUGUGGCCUCUCGGAAGACAGCUUCUUACUGAGCAGCCUCCUCCACCAUGCCCUCCCCGCCAUUGCCGCUGAUCUUGCUUACGUUUUCUCCCUCUUUGGCCACGCCAAAGCACCCAAUAUCCGCCUAUGCAAUGCGAUUAUCAAGGCGUUAUCAAGAUGUCCAGAGCCCCGGAUGGCACUCGCUUGUUUCGCCAGGAUGCGCCGCGAAGGUGUACCUCCUGACAAGCACACCUUUCCUUCGCUUCUCAAGGCCCUGUCGAUGUGUCGAAACCAGAACCCGUUUCAGUUUUGUGCUCAGAUCUUGAAGUGUGGAUUGGUUUCUGAUCGUUUUGUGCAGAACUCGUUGGUGUCUGCUUUAGCGAAUUGCGGGCGGGUUGACGUUGCACGCCAGGUGUUCGAUGAAAUGGGGACAAAAGACGUGAUUUCUUGGACGGCUCUGAUUGAUGGGUAUGUUAGAAGCGGUUUCCCUGUGGAAGCGUUGAAGUGUUUUGCGGAGAUGAAAUCAACGAGUGUAACGGUUGAUGAAAUGACUAUUUCUUGUGUUCUCCGUGCUGCUGGAAUGAUGGGAACUGUUUGGUUUGGGAGGUGGGUUCAUGGAUUCUAUGUAGCAUCAGGCCGAGUCCAUUGGGAUGCCCAUGUGGGUAGUGCUCUUGUAGAUAUGUAUUCUACGUGUGGAUAUUGUGACGAUGCUCAGAAAGUGUUUGAGGAAACCCCGUGUAAAAAUGUUGUUUGUUGGACCGCUCUCAUAACCGGUUAUGUGCAAUGUAAUAGGCUUAGAGAUGCACUAAUUGUUUUUGAAAACAUGCUUGUAGAAAAAAGACAACCCAAUCAACUUACUUUAACGAUCGUUCUCAGUGCUUGUGCUCAACUAGGGGCAUUGGCUCAUGGGAAGUGGGCUCAUAAAUACAUAAUUGGAAAUGGCUUGGAAGUGAAUUCAAGACUCGGUACGGCUCUGAUAGAUAUGUAUGCAAAAUGUGGGUGUAUUCAUGAGGCUUUCUUGGUUUUUGAGAAGCUGCCUGUCAAAGAUUUGCAUCCCUGGACUGCCAUGAUAAAUGGAUUUGCAAUUCACGGGAAUGCCCUGAACUCCUUGAGUCUCUUCUCUAAUAUGUUACACUCUGGGGUUAGACCCAAUGAAGUUACUUUACUUGGCGUUCUUAGUGCUUGCUCUCAUGGAGGUCUUGUUGAAGAGGGGCGCGAACUAUUUGGGUCCAUGUACUCUGUUCAUAAUUUAGAGCCUAGAGUCAAUCACUAUGGUUGUAUGGUUGACCUCCUAGGGAGGGCAGGAUAUUUGGAGGAAGCAAUGAAGCUAAUCGAGGCCAUGCCUAUGGAACCCACUCCCGGUGUAUGGGGCGCUCUGUUUAAUGCCUGCAUGAUUCAGAAAGCUUAUGAAUUAGGUGCACAGGUAGGCGAACGUCUAAUCAAGCUACAACCACAUCAUAGUGGCAGAUAUGCGCUUCUGGCAAAUUUAUACUCAAAUUGUCAAAAUUGGGAAGCAGCGGCCCAUGUAAGGAAACUCAUGAAAUGGAAGGGAGUGGAAAAGGCACCAGGAUGUAGCUGGUUGGAAUUAAAUGGUUUAGUUCGUGAGUUCAUUGCCUUUGGUAAUUCAAAUGUUGAAUCAAAGGAUAUAUAUUUAGUCUUGGAUAGCAUGGUGAUCCAGUCAGAACUUUGUUGUUGUAUUGAAGACACUGACCUAUUGAUGUUUAAUGUUGACUGAAGCGGGGAUAACAAAUCGUACAAGCCCUGAGAUCUUUCACUUCCAGGAGAAGUGAGUUCUGGACUUACUGUUCAGUCAACGAGACUUCACCUUCUUUAAUGCAAUGUUUUAAUUCCUUCUAUUCAACUACUUUGACCAUUCUCAAACACCUCAUAACAUUUUCAGGGCGCUUGAAGAUUUGGCAUUUAUGUAAGAUUUCUCGCGUACUGCCCUUUCAAUGGGUUUUGAAGAUAAAAUCCUUUACUUUAUUGUUGGUCCAUUACUAGACUUAGGAUGAUGCUCAAAUGUUUCUUGUACUAAAUCAUGAUGUUGCAGCUCCCCGGUAUCUUUCUUAAUACAAUUCUCUACCCGUCGUCAACAAAAUGAAGGUACAUCCGCCUUUUGAAAGAACCAAUGCUGCCUACUUUUGAAACAAUUAAUGUUGGCUACCUUCUGUUGUAAUAACAGGAUUCAACUACAAGCCAAUUCCGUCAUCUCCCAUCUGCUGAGCUCUCUAUAUUUCUAGAAGUACAGCUAAAAGAAACUGUGUAAUGGUGAGGAAACACACAUCAGGCCUCGUGGUGGGGUAUGCUCUUUUGGCAUCCCGGCUUCUGCCUAAAAGUGCCAAAAGCUCCAUCUCGCCCGCCUACUCUUCUCCUUUUCCGGCACGGCAAAGCGCGGCCAAAAGGUAACCCCAGGUCCCUCUCAACUUUGUAGUAGUUAGCAAUAGUUUUCAGGAUCAGCAAGCAUUCAUGGUAGUUGUAUAAUUAGGUUCAAUAAUCUACACAAAGCUGGCCCACACUUUGUGAAAGUUUGAAAGAGUAUGGUCAUCCAUAAAAAUAAGGGUUAUGCUAUACGAACAAAUUGGUGGACAAUUCUCACUGUAAAUUACAAAUUUAUUUUUUUUUCCCUCUAAAUUUGCUACCCUACUUCCUUUGCUUCUUCCUUAUACUCUCUCUCUUUCUCCACCGUUGUUCGCCGCCAUGGCUGUUCUCACCGCCGUUGUAGUCGCCGCCGCAACUGCUUUCGCCAUGGAUGCAGCCACCUUUGCCGCCGUCUUUCUCCAUGGACGCAGUCGUCUCCGCCGUUGUUCACCUCCCCCAUUCUAGUUGCUAUUGACACCUCCAUCUCCUCUCUCUCCCUUUCCCCCUCUCUCUUUUCUCGUUCUUGGCACUAUUAGCCUCCAAUGCAGCCUCAGUCAUUGUCGUUCAUCGUUGCUGACGCCUCCAUGCCCUCUUUUUCUCUUUUUGUGGGUCUUCUUAUUUUCGUCAGCAACUUCUCUCCGUCCUCUGGAGAUGUAUAUUUAUUGAAAAUGUAUAUUUUAUCUAAAUAUAAAAUUUACAUAUAUAUAAAUAUACAUAAAUAUGUUUUUAAAUACAACUAUAAACUAUAAACAUAUUAUACAAAAUUAUGUAAAUUAAAUUAACUCAUUUUGUAACUUUUAAAAUUUUUAGCUUGUAACAUGUUAAGGGUUGGUUUGCUAUUUUUAAAAAAUCAUUUUGUAGUUUUAU